AUGACAGUGCAGCCAAGAAUCGAACCGCAAGCUGAAAGGAACGUCAGCCUCAACGCGGCUCCGCAAAAAAAAGAAGUCCGCAAGUAUACACGCCGUGCUGUCGUACAGGUAAGAGUUCCCGGAAGGUUUUCUCCUUCAAACAUAGUUGUCUUUCUCAUCCGGAAAAGAAGGAUAUACAUGGAGAAAAAAGCCUUUUGAAGGUCCCGCUUUGGUCUGGGAUCUCUAAGAACCUUUAUAAUUUUCGGAUCAAGCUAAUUUGACAUCAAAAACAUGAGUUUAAUAGUUAUAACAAUCCAGGAUACAUUUUUCGGCUCUCAUCGAAGCCAAAAAAACCGAAUCGAAAUUUUUUUGCAUUUUUUUCAUCUUUGAUACUUAUUAAUAAAAAAAUAUGACACGAACUUUAUCUGAAAAAAAUUUUUCGACAAUUAAACCUAGUGGCUUGAAGAUGGUUCCUUAUUUAGUGACACUUUUUGUUUAUCAGAUAUGAAAAAAAUGUUUAGGAGCGUCAACCGCAGCCUCGGCAGAACCGACGUCGUCCUGCAACGGCGAUGGUUUAUCUUCUUUUUUAUCUGAAAAAAUGCUAGCGAAAGAGUUCAUCAAUACUAUUGAGAUUCACACAUUUUAUACUUUUUUGAGUGACUUGAAAAUUCUUUAGUCUAGCCAGAAAUUAAAAAAAUUAUCGUCCUAACUUGCUUGGUUGCUUCAUAUGUGCUAAAAGUAACCUCACAUUAAAUUAUGAAAAAUGAUGACAUUCAUCAAUUUUCUUAAAGGAACAGUCAAAACCAAAUGAGAUCGUCGUGUGGCGUGGCUGGGAGCAUGUUCCAUCGCCUAAUGAUCGAGAACGCCGUGAUCGAGAAUUCCGGGAGAGAAUGGAACGCUCACGCGCCACAUUCCAGGCUGUAAGCUCUUUUUUCAUUCUAAAAUAUUUGAGUUCACUUGAACUCGAAGUUAUAUUUGGUUACCUUAAUUCGAUUAAACGGGGAUCUUUUUUUGAAAUAUUUUACAAAAAGUAAACUUUUUUUGAAAUUUUUUUCCCGACUUUAUUUCCACUUUUGUUAGUUUUCGGUUCGUGAAGGCUUGGAAAGUUUCAAACAAAUUUAACGGUUUCAAGCAGAAUUUUACACAAUCCUGUGAUUUUUAGGGACCCCCGUUCCAGCAAGGAAAUAUCAGUCUCACUCCUGGUCCGCAGCCGUUCCCUCCAAACAAUUAUGCCUGGCCCAUGAAUCCUUAUUUGACUCCAAUGUAUCAAUACUUUCUGUGGCAAGAGGUAUGAUUAUUCCCGCUUCAUUAAAGAAAAAAAAACAGAAGCAAUCUCGAAAAAAUGAUUAUCGAAACCAAGCUUUGAAAGAUAUAAGGAAUUUGACUUUCUUGACCAGUUUAUUUCUAAUUUUACAGCGCCAAAAGAUCCGAAUGGAGCAUCAGGAUUUCUACUCCGGAAUGCUCGCAAGCGAACAAGCUGACCAGCUCCGAAAUUCGGGACAGAAUCACUAA